UGCAAAUGAAUAACUUGUUGCAAGGACUCAUCACUAUUGUCUGUUUAGUCUUGUUUUUAUCUAAGCAAAAAACGACUUAUGAUACAAUCUAGUCAAUUUUAUGGAUACACAGUCAUGAGCAGUUUAAUGUCUCAAAUUCGUUCCCUAUUUCUUCCUGUGUCAAAAGUUCGGGGAAGUAAUAAUAACUCCGAGGUAUUUUUAAGGAGAGUAAGGUUGUGUCUUCUUACUGCAGUUGCUGGUUAUGACAAUAAGCACACUAAAUAUUCAACGAGGAUUUCGCCGAAAUGGGUUUACGGGGAUGAUGCUUGCUUCUUAUCAGUAACAGAUUCUUCGUACGUCUUAGGUGUCGCUGAUGGUGUUGGUGGUUGGCGGUCAUACGGAGUCGAUCCUGGUCGUUUCUCUAGAGCAGUUAUGAAGAAUUGUGAGCGUGUUGUAAAUUCCGGUCGUUUUAUUCCCGACAAGCUAGAGGUUUUAAUUGCUCAAUGCUAUGAAGAUGUACUGAAUUCCAAAGAACUUAUUUUGGGUAGCGCAACCCUAUGCAUAGUUUCAUUGCAACGUAAUGAACACAGAGUUUAUGGUGCCAGUCUAGGUGACAGCGGCUAUUUAGUUAUACGGGAAGGACAUGUGAUUCAACGUUCAGUCCACCAAAAGCAUUCAUUCAAUACACCAUUCCAAUUGUCUUGUCCACCUACGCUUCGCUCAAGACGUUUUCAUUGUGAUUUACCUAAUCAAGCUGCUCAAACAUCUGUAGAAGUCAAACCGGGUGACGUAAUUAUCGUAGGCACAGAUGGCUUGUUCGAUAAUUUGACAGAAUCAAUGAUAUUACAAGAGGUAAAAACCAUUGAGUUACUUACAAACUGUACAAUUGAUAGUUUAAAACAAUGUGCUACACGUCUUGUAGAGCAAGCUCGGAGUGCGGCGUUCGCUCCUGAUUUCGUUUCUCCAUUCGCUAGUGAAGCACGUCGUUACGGUAUAAACAUUGCGGUGACUAAGCUUGGUAUGCUCAUUUCACAGAUUUGAAGUCAGUUAACAUAUAACAAACGGUAAUGAUGACUUCUUGAGGAGUACUUUGUGUAACUGCUACUCUCCCAGUUAUUCUGUCUAUUGUUCAUUUCUUUACAAUAAUUAUAUUAUUCUGUGUGGUAGAUUUCAUCUGGAGCCUACUACAUAUUAAUACUUCUAUGUAUUUGGUAAAUACAGAUCACAUAGCAAUUAAAGUUAAUGUUAAAAUAUUUGACCAAUUAUUUCGAAACCUUCUGAAGUUUUCAUGGUGAUUAUAGACCUCGUGACAUUUCAUCAAAUGGUUCUUAUUUUUAAGUAUGUCAAUAAUUUGUCUUUCAAAAAAUUGGUUACAGUGUUUCCUAUGUACCUGGAAUAGAAACAGUUAAAUAAGAUUGUCUUCUAAAGCUUAUCAUUUUUGUUUAGCUGAAUGGUUGUAGAGAUGCGUUACAUUUUGUAAUAGUUUACGUCACGAGCUAACCUUAGUUGUUAAGUAACCAAUACGAAACAGAAAGAACUGAAAACAUCCAUCUUGUCCUACGUCAUAACUUUGGGACUCGAUCUCAGAAAGCUCGGUUGAUUUUCGCCUACUUGCAACUCAUACGAUAUAGGCAAGAUGUCCAUUCAUCAACCAGAAGACGAGUAUACGACGCAUCAGUUAGUUUUUGAACCAACACAUAAAUGUACAAGGUUCUAUGUUGUUUAUGACUGACUGAGUUUAUAACUCAACAGUACACACCUACAAACUUUUCAAGGAUCAGACUCAAGUUCUGUUAGCCUCAAGUGGUGUGUGUUUCUUUUGGAUUAAUGAGCUAGUAUUUGAUGGUUCACAUUACCAAUUUCAGUUGGUAGUUCUCGUUUUAGCUCACUAUCAAUAGGUAACUGUCCCACUUCUGAUGGUUUUUGACUCGAUGUAAGCACUUAACAAAUGACGUGAUCAGAUUACCAAUCAUAAACCAUAUGCAAAUAAAUAAUGCAUACCUAAAAUUCUUGAUUGGGUUUACAAACUACGUUGGUCACUUUCUGUCCAAAGAAGAAAUCUGGGUAUAUAAUGUAUGGCAGGUAUCUAAGAGUCUUAUUAUUUGUUUGAACACAUAAACAUUGGAAUAAGAGGGCACCAAAUAAAUAUGUGCCACAAAAUAACAAUCAGGUUAUGCAGAGAUAGGGAAUAUAAAGUGCGUAUAAUACAAAAAAAGAACAAUAAACAGAAAUAAGUGUGAGAGGUGAAUAAUGUUAAUGAUGAUAAUAAUGGGAACAGCAGUUCAGUUAGGGCGCCCAAAUGCCCUGGUAUGGCCGAGGGUGUAGAGAGUCAGCUCUCUUUCUCUAAAUGCUUUCACAUGGCCACGUACAUACAACAAAUGCCAGGAAAUUCCUACUCACUGCCUUCUCGU